UAAACUGGUUUCCAGGGCUUCUGGGAUAAGAAAUUCCUGAGCGCGAUUCUAAAAACUAAAAAGUUUGAAGGUUAUGAAUCGUAUGAACAUGAUGGAUCAGUUUCAAGUUGCAGCUGAAGAAGAUGAUAUGUAUGGAGGAUUCGGAAAUCAAGUUGACGAGACUGAAACUCUUACAAAUGACCCAGCCUUUCAACAAGCGGUUAGGACUAGUCACGGUAGACGACCACCUCCGACAGCCGCUCGUUUGAAGACGGGUGUUAGGGGUAAUAUUAUUCCUCCAUCUUCAAUGGGAAGACCAGGACCGUCAUCCCUUGGAAGGCCAAUGACAGGUUCCGUCGAUGGAGCUAACAGACCUAUGACAGCAGUUCGUGGAGCUGGUUAUUCAUCUCAAGCGCGGGGAGUUGGGUAUGAUAGUGGGAAGUCUGCUGCUCCAGCACUUGAAGGAAAGGGUGAUGAUACUCCCGAAGAAAGAAUUAGACAAUUAGAAAAAAAAGUAAACGAAUUGAUAGAGGAAAGCUGCAUUGCUUCGGCCAGCGGGGAUUAUCAAACAUCCUUAGAAAAGGCAAAAGAAGCUGGUCGUAAAGAAAGAUUACUCGUACGGGAAAGGGAAAAGCUGUCAAGCGCCGAUCAGAUAAAUCUUGAUUUAACAUAUAGCGCCCUUUUCAACUUAGCCAAUCAGUAUACACUGAAUGAAAUGUACAACGAAGCCCUAAAUACUUAUCAAAUCAUAGUAAAGAAUAAAAUGUUCAGCAUGGCAGGUCGUUUAAAGGUUAAUAUGGGCAAUAUUUAUUUCAAACAAAGGCAAUAUAGCAAAGCGAUCAAAUUUUACCGAAUGGCACUUGAUCAGAUUCCCAAUACCCACAGGGGAAUGAGGAUCAAAGUGAUGCAUAACAUCAGUGUCUCUUUUGUCAAGUUGGGCCAGUAUAAUGAUGCCGUGACUUCUCUAGAAGUAAUUAUGCAGGAGGAGCCAGACAUGAGGACUGGGCUAAAUUUAGUCCUUUGCUAUUUUGCUCUAGGAGAUAAGGAAAAGAUGAAAAAAACUUUUCAAAGGAUGCUUACCGUCGAUUUAAAAAUCGACGACGAUGAAAAGUAUGCACCUCACCCAGAUGAUGCUCAACAUACUCUUAUAUUAGAAGUGAUCAAGAAUGAUAGUCUUCGACAAAUUGAGAGAGAACGCCGCAAUACAGCUGAACGCUGUAUUAAAACUGCCGCCAAACUAAUUAGCCCAGCAAUUGAACAUUCUUUUACAGCUGGCUACGAUUGGUGUAUGGAUCAAGUUAAAACGUCGAAUUUCAUGGAGCUUGCUCACGACUUGGAAAUCGAUAAGGCUAUUGGCUAUCUAAAGAAGAAAGACUUUGCACAGGCUGUCGAUGCUCUGAAAUCAUUUGAAAAGAAGGACACAAAGGUUGCUUGCACAGCAGCUACGAAUUUAAGUUUCCUUUAUUAUGUGAGCGGAGAGGAAUCAGAUUUAAAUCAGGCUGACAAAUAUGCCGAUUUGGCUCUGACGGCCGAUAAAUACAAUCCUCCAGCUUUGGUAAACAAGGGAAAUAUUUAUUUUAAAAGGAGAGACUACGAAAAAGCCCGUGAAUUUUAUAAAGAGGCUUUACAGAAUGAUUCUUCAUGUGUUGAAGCCCUUUAUAAUGCUGGCCUAUGUAACAAGAAAUUAAAACGCUACAGAGAUGCCUUAGAUUCAUUUUACAAGUUACACAGUAUUUUAAGGAAUAACGGACAAGUUCUAUUUCAAAUUGCGGAUUUGCUCGAUUUAAUGGGUGAAAACGCCCAAGCACAAGAGAUGUUUAUGCAACUUUUGGGAGUCGUUCCAACUGAUGCCGCAAUUUUAGCCAGAUUGGGUCAAAUGUUUGAUGCGGAAAAUGACAAAGCCCAAGCCUUUCAAUAUAACUAUGACUCCUACCGUUAUAAUCCCUCGAAUAUAAAAAUAAUUGAAUGGCUUGGAGCGUACUACAUUGAGAGCCAGUUCUGUGAGAAAGCAAUUCAAUAUUUUGAACGUGGGGCAAUUAUCCAGUAGGUUUUAUUGAAUAAAGUGUCCUCUAAGGAAUUCUUAUAAUGGUCAUAUAUUUCCUUCUUCACACUAAUAGACCUAACCAAGUAAAAUGGCAGCUCAUGGUUGCUUCGUGUCAUCGUCGAAGUGGAAACUACCAACAAGCAUUGGAUACCUAUAAACUGAUUCACAAAAGAUUCCCAGAUAAUAUUGAAUGUUUGUAUAACGCGAUUGGCAAAUAGCAAAAAUGAAAUAACUUGCUUUCUCUUCUUUCUCGAAAGGCUUGAAAUUUCUUAUUCGAAUUAGUUCUGAUAUGGGCUUGAAGGAGAGUGCAGACUAUGCAACAAAAUUGAAAAAGGCGGAGAAAAAUGCAAAACUGAGAGAGGACCGUAUCAAUUCCGGGAGAAGAAAGGGUAGUGGAAGAAGUCGACAGUAUAACGAUAGACAGGAUAGUGCUGGAAGUGGUAAAUACUAUCAAUAUAUAUAUACUGUAUAUAUAUGAAAUAUAUUCUUGUACAUUAAGAAAGUAACCAUAAACGUAUUUAUUACUCGAUUAAUAAUAUUUGUUAACAUCUGUUUAAAUAUUCUUUUAAUGCAUGCUAGUCGGUAGUCGACUUGGAAGCUCAACAGGUACAAGAAGCACAAUUAAUCUUUAAUCUAUAUUUAUAAAUACUGUCCAUUUUCAAUGAUAACUCAUCUUCUUUUAUAAUAGAGAGAAAUGCAACUGGUCGUGCGGGUCAUGAGAGGGCUCCUAUUACAGAGCCUGAUUCUGAUUUAUUUGCCAACGGCGAUAAAAAAGCAAUUGAUACAAAUUACGCGGAUCCUCUUGGACCAGCUGUUGAAAGGCCUAAAACAGCUGCGACUAGACGAAAAGCUGACGAGAAUGAAUUCGAGGACGAGGAACUCGGUGAUGAUCUUCUACCAGUUUAGCAUUACUUAAAUGAGAAAAUUGCACAAGAUAUAGAUAUUUAUUUAUUUUCAAAAUGUAUUUGUUCUUUAUUGCGAAAAUUCCGUCCUUCAAAUAUCAACGUAAACUGAAAAGAAAUACAAAUCAUACUCAAUUAUUCGUUUCUGCAGUAUAUAUAAUUUUCAGCUUAUUUUUUUCUUUUCUUUUCAAAUGAGAGGCACUCUUCCUUAAAUAAUGAAUGUUAUUUAGAAGAAGUUAACGAUUAAUCCCGUUAAUGAAUAAUAUACGUAUAAAGAUAAACGAAAACACUUUAUUCAUUAACUCUUCUUGAUCCACAUGGUGUCCAUGAUUUUUUAAAAACAUUCUGAAUCUCUUCUAAGGAUUUACCCUUCGUCUCGGGAACAAAGAGAGAGACGAAGAUAAUGGCUAUCAAAGCGAACGAUGUAUACAAAUAGAAAGCUCCGUAUUUGGUUAUUGCAUCGGUUAAACUUAGGAAUGUCAUAGAUAUUAUCAAAUUUGAUAUCCAAUUAACAGAUGUGGCGACGGCGUUCCCUGUGCUACGUGCCCAAAGGGGAUAUAUUUCGGCGUUAAUCGUCCAAGGCAUAGGACCCAUACCCGGGGCAAAAAAAAUUAAAUAUACUAUCAUUCCUACUAAAGCAAUCCAAGAAUAUUUAGUAGGACAAAAGUCUUCAUUAAAUUUGAAAGUAUCCCCAAUUUUGGAUUGGCAAAGAUUGCUCGUAGAAUUUUUAAUAUAAGGUAGACAAGUGGAAAAUGUGGAAUUGUAGCAGUAUCCACAGUUUUCUGCGCUGAUACAUUUGGUACAGCUUGUAUACAUAGAGCAAUGAGUAUCUGGAAUAGGAUUGUUAACUGUUGCGGAAUGAAUAGAAGAUAAUUGAAACCCAAUUCCUAGGAAAGCCAGACUGAAAGUUACUCCUACAAGACUGCUAAUAGUUAAUAAUCUUCUUCCUAUUUUUUCCACAAGGUAAAUACCAACCAAAGUAAAAAGGAAGUUGACUGCCGCAGUAACAGCAGCCAACCAUAUUGCCUUUUUUUCGUCUUCAACACCUGACAUUUUUAUAAUGGUUGCACUAUAAUACAUGACUGUAUUGAUACCAGAUAAUUGUUGGAAUAAUUGCAAACCACAGCCAACAAUAAGAGCCUUUCUCACAGUGGAAUCCAUUAGCAUUUGAAUUAGUAGAAAUCGUCGGCUAGUUCUGACAUUUUUAUCUUCUUCAAUAUUUGUUUUUAUUUCGUGUAUCUCAUCAUCUACAUUCGCGUUCCGAAUUUGGCGUAGAACAGCUAUUGCUUCGUCAUCUCGAUUUCUUGCAAAUAGCCACCUGGGAGAUUCAGGUAGAAAGAAAAAUCCAAUAAAUUGAAUGAUUGCUGGAAUGGCUGCCAAUCCAAGCAUAUAUCUCCACCCAUUAGGUUUAACACUACUGAAUAGGCCGUCUAUUAUGCUAGCAGCUAACUGUCCAAAAGUUAUAGCGCCGUUAUUCAGUGUUACGAGAUAACCUCGAAGAUUAGAAGGUGAACAUUCGGCAAUAUACAUUGGUACUGUCAUUGAUGCAAGACCUAUACCAAUGCCAACAAUAAUUCGACCAAUGAGCAGCAUUUCUUUAUUAAAAGAUACGCCAAGUAAAAGAGAACCAAGCGUAAAAACGAAACUAGCAACUAAAAUGGUACGUUUUCGCCCAAAUUUUUCAUUAAUUACCCCUCCAAUCAUUGCAAAAAUUGCUGCUGCACCCACCGUGACUGAUAUAAUUAAUUCUUGCCAAACGUGAUGUAAUUUAAAUACAUCUGCAAGUAAAAUCAUUGCUCCUGAUACAACACCAGUAUCAUAGCCAAAGAGGAAGCCUCCGAUAGUAGAGAAAAAAGCCAAUACGUAAACAAAUCUAGAAUUGUUGGCCCUAUAUUUUAUGCCACUUUCGGACUGCAAAAGUGGUUCUUCUCCUUCAUCCAUCAUAGAAUUGUCGUCUGUCAAAUGGGCGUUACUGAGUUCAAGCAUAGGCCAAUCAAAAAAACCAAUUAAACAUUUUAAUCUUUAUCAGGAAAACACAUAUAAACAGGCGUCAGAUGGCGC